ACCGCAUAUAUAUUGAGAUAUAUCUCUUGAGAGAUAUUUUCACUGUUCUAGUUCGCCAUGGCUUGCUUAUCCAGCCACUGCAUAAGCGGAGCACUGGUUUUUGCUUCUCUUUCCAGCAAUAUUGACGACUCUCCACCUCCACAGUCCAACACCGCACGUCCUCAUAAUAACAAAAACAACCCUCCAAUUCCUACUACUAAAUCAAAAAUCAGAACGAAACGCCGCCAAUCCAAACUUCAACAGCAGCUUUCCCUUAUCCAGAUUGAACGUGCGGUUGGCGCCGGCAGCUAUCGCGAUUCUGAACCCACGGGCUCGGACCAGUGGGAUAGGGACUCUAUUUUUAAGGGUCUGUCGCCGAAUUCUGGUGGUGCAUUGGAGGGACCGUUGGAGAAGAAGCUGCGAGAGACAGGAGAGUGGAUUGUCGAUAAAACGGAGGGACAAUUUCGUUCUUCUGGUAAAAAAAUUUUGAUGUUUUUCUUUCAGUGGGUUCUGCCAAUUUACAUUUUCAUGUUUCUAGUGACUUCAGGAGUUGUGAAGCUACCCUUCAGCACACCCCUACUUGAAGAUCUUCUCAUGUGAAAAUGUUAAAUAUCUGUUGAAAUCUAUAAUCAGAUUAUAGUUGCUUCCUCCCUGUUGAUGCAAAUAACAGCCCAUUUACCUUACAAGAAUCAUCCUCUCAGUGUAAUCAAUUUGAAAUGCAAAAAACAGCAGAGCACAAAGAUUCCCAGGAAAGUGGGUGCAUCAAUCACCAAAAUUCUGUAACAGAAUAACAUUGUAAGUUUAGAUAAUUGAGCUAAGCAUGUAAUAUUCUACAAGUUAAUUGUAUAUUUGCAUUAUACCUUACAUAUCUAUGCUGCAAAUAACCUUUUCCUGUUUAUGCUA